AUGGACUGCAACAAAGAAAAGGCUAUCAAGGCUAAAGGCGUUGCUGAAGAAAUUAUGGGAAAUAAUAGAAAGAGGGCAUCAACAAAAUCAAGUGAAAAUUGGGCAAUAUCUGAUCAUUUGGCUGGGCAGAAUCUCCAGUGUCUCAAUGAGGAAAAUCGGCUAAGAUCUACGCGGCGUAGACAUCGUAUCAAUUACUGUGAUAAUCUAAGUGAUGAUGAAGAUUCUUCUAAGCGAUUUAAGGGGGUUGGAUAUCCUUCUCCUACUAAGGAGUCUGAGAUGCAACAUUUGUCUCAUGCAGCAACUCCUAAUGGAGAGAGAAAGAAACUAAAAGAUUGUUUGUCCUAUGAAGAGAGCUUCCAUAACACAAAGAUGGAAAUUGAGACUACAAAUGGAAGUGUUGAUGUAUGGCUUUGUACAAUGACUGAGUCAAAAUCAUUUGAAUAUCCAGAUCCAGAUUUUAGCGAUUUUGACAAGGACAAGAACGAGUCCUGCUUUAAGGUUGGGCAAGUAUGGGCUGUUUAUGAUACCUUGGAUGGCAUGCCUAGAUUUUAUGGCAUCAUCAGGGAGAUUUUGUCUCCGGAAUUUAAAUUGUGCAUAACAUGGUUAGAGCCGCUGAAUGAAACCAAAUGGCUAUAUGAGGGCUUUGUACCUUCUUAUGGUAGGUUCAAAAUAGAAAACUUAGACCACAUUGAAGAUCAUCUUAUGUUCUCACAUUUAGUAUGUGCAACAAAUGGAAACAACAAUGAUGCAAUAAAGAUAUUUCCAUUGAAAGGAGAAACUUGGGCCCUCUUAAAAGAUUGGGGCAAUAAAAAUCUCAACUAUGAAUUUGUUGAGAUCUUGUCAAACUAUAAUGAAUCUAUUGGUGUGCAUGUUCCAUACAUGGAUAAAACAAAAGGCUUCAUGUGUCUUUUCCAUAGGGUAGGAGACCUAUUUCUAGUUCCAGCAAAGGGUAUGUUUAGAUUCUCUCAUCGAAUUCCUUCUAUGAAGAAGACAGGGAUGGAGAAGGAUGAUGUUCCUGAAGGAUCCUUUGAACUAGACCCUACCUCCUUACCUAUAUACCAAGUAGUUGUUUCUGCUUCAUCCAUAGACCAAAGUGCGAUAGCUAAUUUCAUGGACUCUGUAAAUUCUGCUGAAAAUUGGGUUGCACCAAUACCUAAUCAGGUUCCUAAACCUGAGUUUUACAAAUUUGUUGUUGAGAGAUCACCAGAGAAAUUUAAAAUUGGUCAAUGUUGGGCAAUAUACAGCGAUGAAGAUGCCUUGCCCCGGUACUAUGGGCUGAUAAAAAAGAUAGAUCUUCUCCCUCAGUUUGUGUUGCAUGUGGCAUGGUUUUAUGCGUGUCCACUCCCUAAAAGUACAAUACAAGGGCAUGAUAAAACAAUGUCAAUUGGUUGUGGAUUGUUUAAGUUUUUAAAUAGUAAGCUAAACAAAUAUACUGUAACCAACAACUUUUCACAUGUAGUAGUUGCAGAACCUUUGAAAAAGGGUGUACACAAGAUCUUUCCCAAAACAGGUGAAGUUUGGCCAUUAUACAAAAACUGGAGUGCUCAGCUGAUGAAAGGUAAUAAUCUAAAAGAUUUUGAUUAUGAGAUUGUUGAAAUAGUGGAUGUUUCCGAUAAUUAUGUAGAUGUAAAGUUCUUAGUGUGGGUAAAAAGGCUUCAAGUCUGUCUACAAGGCUCGAUGGAAGAAGAAGAGGCUGACAAAGGAGUGAAAAUAUAUGUAUCAGAGCAUCUCAGGUUUUCUCAUCGAAUUCCUGCUUUUCGCCUAACAGAAGAGAGAGGUGGCAGCUUGCGAGGUUUCUGGGAGCUUGAUCCAGCAGGAUUGCCUCUGUGUUUACUAUGUACUGAUUGA